CUCCUCGUCCUUGUCCUCCUCUGAUUCCGACUCCAGCAUCAUAACCAUCCUUACCUCUAGUGACUCACCCUCGAGCUGCCCUCGAGCCACUUACACAGCAUCGACAUCCUCUCUCGCCCGUCUCCACCCGCGCCAACCCCCUCCGCCGACCUCCGCAACAACCCCCCCCCCCCCCCCCCCAAAAAAAUGCGCAUCCCGUACGCGGCGCCCGACCCGGCCCCGGACUCGGAAGAAGCAGCGAUCGUGGGGCGCAUCGCGGCGCGGCGCGCGCCGCGGCCGCUGCAGCCGCUGGACCUGGCGCUGCUGCAGGCGCCGCCGAUGGCGGACGGGUGGAACGCGUUCCUGGGGGCGGUGCGGACGCGGGGCGCGGCGCUGGGCGCGCGCGCGCGCGAGCUCGCCGUGUGCCGCGUCGCCGUGUGCAACCGGGCGUGGUACGAGUGGGCCCACCACGCGCCGCUGGCCGCCGCCGCCGGCGUGUCGGCCGAGGCGCUGCGGCGCGUCGUCGCGCGGCGCGACCUGCUCGUGCCUAUCGAGGAGGAGGAGGGGGAGCAGGGGGGAGAGGGGCAGGGCGACGACGAGGGGCAGCGCGAGCGCAGCGCCCGCGACUUCGCGCGCGGCCUCGGCCUCGACGACAAGGACUGGGCCGUCCUGCGCUACGCCGACGAGAUGACGCGAAACGUCGAGGUGCCAGACCCCGUGUUUGACGCCUUGAAGGCGCUGUGCAGCGACCGCGAGAUCGUCGAGGCUACGACUACGAUCGCCGCGUAUAAUUGCGUGAGCCGGUUUCUCGUCGCUCUCGACGGUAUGUCCCCCCCGCUUUCUAUUUCUCUCUCGGGCAACCAUGUCCGCUUCCAUCUCUUCCCGAAUAUUGUGCACGAAAUAUCCUUGACAAAAAAAAAGAGAGAGAGAGAGGAGCGGUGGAGGCAGUGGGGAUGUGAUCCCAAGGAGACGUGCGUGUCCGUCCAACUAACGAUUGUGACGUAGUCGGCGAGAGGAACGGCACCGGACCCGAUGUCCCCGGACAUUGACGAGCGGAUACAGAUCCAGUAUAUGUAGACGAUUACCUGUGUCGCGGUUUAAGGAGUGG